AUGGGAUUAGGAGGUGUGCUUAUGCAAAAUGAUAAGGUUGUUGCUUAUGAAUCAAGGCAGUUGAGGACUCACGAAAAGAAUUAUCCUACACACGAUUUAGAACUUGGUGCAGUUGUGUCCGUGUUGAAGAUUUGGAGGCAUUGUCUUUAUGGUUAUAGAUUCAAAGUGUUCAGCGAUCAUAAGAGUUUAAACUGGAAGACUUUGCAUAUGUCAGCAAUGAUGGUUAAGGAGUUAGAGUUGAUCGAACAAUUCCAAGAUAUGAGUUUGGUUUGUGAGGUGACACCGCAGAGCGUAAUGUUGGGUAUGCUGAAAAUUAACAAUGAAUUUUUGGACAGCAUUAGAGCGGCUCAGAAGUUGGAUGUGAAGUUGGUAGAUUCGAUAGUCGAAAUCGAUCAAGAUAAGAAUAGUGAUUUCAAGUUGGAUGCGUAA